AAAAUCAUUAAGAAAAUCGCAUUUGAGAUUUAACAGACGACAGACUAACAAAAAAACCAUAUUAAAAUUUUUGAUUUGUAACGAAAAGUAAAAAGUAUGUAUUCCUCUUUGUAUGCUGGCAUACAUCUGCCCAAUAAGCCCAACGAAUUUAUAACUUUGCAAAAAGUAGACAUGGAAAAGUCCGUCUCGCACCUCAAGGACAUAAUAGCUGAAAAAACUAAAAGCGAAGUGCAUAAAUUGGAACUGAUUUAUAAUGGACUAAUCUUAAAAGAUGACGCUGUCUUAAGCGCAGUUUUGAAAGCCGAAGCUACAGUGCAUUGCUUUCAUAAGACCAAGCAAUAUGUUCCUUAUGAGCCUUCACCGGAAACUCUCAGUCCCGAACACAUACGUAAAGUUCAGGACCUUUUCAAUGUCAUAGCUAACAUACAAAUCAGUCUUAACUGUCGGGUGAAUAUACUACAAAAAGUUUUAGCUGAAUAUCCUGAAUUUCGAAGAAAUUUAGCCGCUUUAAGUUUAAUAAGGGAUUCAGUGCUGUUUAAUGCAUUGCAUGAACCUAACGUAAUAUUCUGGGUAUCCAAAAAUCAUCCAAUUAUAAUAGAAGCUGCUCCCUUCAUUGUUGCAACGGUGAAAAAAGAAUUGGCAAAGAGUUCCAGCAAUUCGGAGCAAGCAACCGACUCUACGAACUCUUCGGAGGAAGAAAACUCUGUAAAUGAACGCAGUCGUGAUGAGUCGUCAACAACGAAUCGCAAUCAAUCUGACAGUGCCCGUUUGCGUAUUAUUAGUCGUCAGCAAUUGCAAGCAGCUUUGGCGGAAAUCGGUUUCGGAUCUGUUAACUCUUUAACGAAUAUAGCUCAGCGAAACUCAGAAAAUUCAAACGCUGCCACCGAAACUGGUGUUCUUCCUCUCACUAGUUCUGCGAGCGAUGAACGUUUAUCGACGAGCAUGUUGCGCAGUCAAUUACAAAGGGCUUUUGAUUCUUUUGAACAACGCUCUAGUACUACAAGCACUCAAGACUCAGUUGCCAUGGAUACAUUGGAACAGGACUCUUCCAUCAAUUUACCAGCAGGUGGGGCUGAUAGUAACAAUCCUGUGAACGAGGACGAUGGCGAUAUACCGCUCGUUUAUCGCACACAUCAAUACUCCGAACAGUUGCGGACAAUGGCUCAAAUGGGAUUCUUGAAUCAUGAUGAGAACCUCAACUAUUUGAAUUUAGCCAAUGGUAAUAUAGAGAAUGCUAUUAACUUAUUAAUGGCAGCAAUGAGUUAGAAUAAUUACAUGAACGCAACAAUUAUUUAUGAAUGC